AGCUUCAAACUCGGCUUUGGACUUCCUGCUUUCCAGUGGUCAUCCAAGCUCCAACUCAUUAUUCUGCAUAGGGCUUAUUCGAUUCAAUCAUGCCCUUCGUCCAAGUAUCAGCUAAAGUACAACUUCAUUAUGAAAUCAGCUAUUGUGAAAGCGGCGGUUCAGAAAGCUCUCUCCGACCCUGGCUGAUGAUAGUCCAUCCUCUGUUGAUGGAUAGCUCUUACGUCAAGUCUUUCUCCGACCAGUCAGUGAUACGAAGCUCUUUUAAUCAAAUCUUGUUUGAUGCUCGCCACCACGGUCGUAGCAAAAAUCCCCCCUCUAAGGCUAUCGAUCUAUUCACACUUGCCGCCGAUUUCGCUAUUGGUCUCGAGAAACUUCAAAUUCCGGCUGUUCAUGCUCUUGGGACCCAUUGUUGGUCGUCUGAGAUUCUGCUGAGAAUGGCGGCUGUUUUUCCGACCAAAGUUAUCAGUUUAUGUCUUUGUAGUAUUCCACCACCAACACUCGAGCCAUACAUUGAACGAGCUUUUCAGGAAUGCUUUGACUCCUGUGCAUACCCAGAAUCAGUAGAGGAAUGGGAUGAAGGUGUAGGUGCGGUGCAAUGGUUUAAUUUUGGGGAUCCUUCCCUAAUUGAUCGUGACAUCCUGGACGAAUGGGCCAGCGUUCUUGUGCGCCGCAUUCCGCCUAGCCGCUCAAUUGACUGCUGUCUCUGCGUUUGGCCUUUUUUAGGAGCGUGCAAAGUUUCAAAACCCGACCACAUUCCUGACGGUUUGAGAUCAGAAAUAAAACUACCCAUAUUAAUUCUCCGGGGCGCCAACAACACGGUUUUCACUGAAGCGGGAUGUCAAGGACGAUUAAAUGAACUGCCUGCCCAUGAGCAUAGCAAAGUAAAAACCAUAGAAGAUGCUCCUUUACUUUGUACCAAGACUCAUCCGAGGGAAACGGCAGUAUGUUACAUGGAUUGGGUUAAGGAAAUUUUAGAUGGAAAGUACAGCCAGAGCAUGCAAGCACAAAAUUCUACUUGCUGGAAGUCGAAUCUGGAGAAGCUAGCUUUAUACUGCAAGAAUGAAUCAAUUGUCGAGCGAGAUCCAUUCCAAAGUGAUAGCUAUAAUCGAAACACUAAGGAAGAAGUAGAAUUUUUCGGUAAAAUCCUUGCGGAUUUAAGCACACAUCAGGUCGAAACGUUCUCGCUUUUCGGUGGUAGAGCACCCGAGCGUUGGACCGGAGCGAGCUUCAAAGAGAUGGUUCCAUGGAGAUUUUCUAGUCGGUUUGAUGAGGCAAGACUGUCGGCCCAGGGUCCGGUGUUGCAGCACUCAAAACACGAUUGCGAAGUGGAAGAAAUACAAAUCAAAACUUCGGUAGAAGUGUGCUCUCAGGACUUGGUUGGACUAUGAUGCUUAAAGAUUACGUUCUUGGCCGAUUAUCCCCAUAGGAUUACUCGCCCUGCUACACUUUUUGAAUCCAGUGAUCAGGAUUCAAGCGGGGCAAUUAAUCAAAAUUCAGCUGUUGUGGACUUGAAUCAUGUGGAAUACAUAUAAGUUAUUUUUCAAAACUAAAUAUGUUGUCAUCUUUGGUCCAUUCUUACUUUCACUGUGAUCUCACAUAAUCUAUCCUCAUGCCACUUCAACACUGUCUCUGACAUAAAUGUCUACUAUAC